AUGGCGAUAGCUUCUUUCAAGGUGAUGGAGCGUGGUAUCGUUCUCAGGUUCUCGGCGGGAAACCAUGGCCCUGAAUACUAUAAUGUACUUAAUGGGGUGCCCUGGGCUCUCACUGUUGGUGCGAGUACUAUGGACAGGCAGUUGAGGGCAACUGUAGUGUUGCAAAACAGAACGAGCCGGUGGUUCAAUGGCGAGGGAGCCUACCAACCAAAGGAUUUCCAGAAGGAAUUUCUGCCACUUGUUUAUGCUCCAAACUGCACAAGUCAUGAUUCAUUGGAGAAAAGCAAGGUGAAAGGGAAGAUAGUCGUGUGUGACUAUCCAAUUCCUGACAUAGCAACUGCAGCUGCGAUUAAAAGCCUUGGUGGUGCUGCCUUAAUCCUGGUUAAUGUGAAGGACGUGGAGAGCACUACAACGGCAGUAGGUAACUCACUCCCAUCUGCAAACAUCGAUUAUGAGGAUGGUCUGGAGGUUAAAAGAUAUAUCAACUCGAGGGCGAAACCCGAGGCAAAGAUAUUUUUUCAAGGAACCUUGUUUGGCGACAAUCAUGCACCAGUUGUUGCUGCCUUUUCUUCAAGAGGACCUAACAUUGCAAGUCCUGGGAUUUUGAAGCCAGAUAUUUUAGGCCCAGGUGUAAAUAUCCUGGCGGCGUGGCCAAUCUCUCUCGAAAACAAAACAAAUGAGAAAUCCACAUUCGAUAUGUUGUCUGGUACCUCUCAGUCAUGCCCACACCUCAGUGGAGUGGCAGCGCUGCUCAAGAUCACACAUCCUGAUUGGUCACCCGCUGUAAUCAAGUCGGCAAUCAUAACCACAGCAGAUGUUGUGAAUCGUGCAGGGAAGCCAAUCGAGGACGCAAAUUAUCAAGAAGCCGACAUCUUUGCAACAGGUUCAGGCCACGUGAAUCCACAGGCAGCAAAUGAUCCAGGGCUCGUGUACGACAUCGAACCCAAAGAUUACAUCCCUUACUUGUGCGGAUUGAACUACACAAACACACAAGUCGGUCUGUUUUGGAAGCACAACAAGGUGGAUUGCUCGAAGGUGAGAAGCAUACCUGACGCCCAGCUAAACUAUCCAUCGUUUGUCCUUAAUUUCACAGGUGGUGAGCCGGUUUCUCAAAAGUAUACUAGGACGGUAACAAAUGUCGGCCUCCCUAAAUCAACUUACAAAGUGACUGUUGUCCCCCCAGUUGGGAUCAAAGUCCUUGUCGAGCCGGAGACGCUCAAUUUCUCAAGGCUGAACGAGAAAAGGCAGUAUCAGGUGACGUUUACACGGCUCGCGACCACAUCCAACACUUCAUUUGUUAAAGGCUUUAUCAACUGGUCUUAUUGCAAGUACGCUGUUAGGAGCCCUAUUGCAGCUAUACUGCAAG